AUGAUCUGGGAGCUUGGUACAUUAAGUCUUGGGCCAGUGAAAGCCUUCAAUAUAAUGAGACAAAGAUACGGAGGUUUUGAAAAUGUUGGCGCAACUAAAGACGACUGCAAGAAUUUUAGAGCUAGGAUACAUAGCUAUAUAGGAGAGUAUGAUGCAGAUAUGGUUAUCAAUAGGUUGACCGAUAAAAAGCAGGUUAUGGCUGAUUAUUCAUUUGUACAUUCAGUCGAUGAAAACAAACGACUAACUGGCCUGUAUAAAAUGGUGUUUGUACCCUUUACUGGUAUUGAUAACCACUAUCGGAAUGUGAUGCUUGGAGCUGGGUUGCUAGCAUCCGAAAGCAUUGAAUCAUACAAAUGGCUGUUACAAUCAUUUUUGAACUCAUUUGGUAAGCAGCCGAAGGUGGUCAUCACUGAUCAGGACCCGGCGAUGAAACAAGCUAUCGAGGCAGUGUUCGAUAAGAGUAGGCACAGAUUAUGUAUGUGGCACAUAAUGAAGAAAGUUGCCAAUAAGGUGGGACAUGAGUUGUGUAACAACGAAGACUUCAAAAGACGUAUGUGUGACAUUGUAUGGACUGAUUCGAUUGCGCCAGAAACGUUUGAGAGAGAAUGGAAACUGAUAAUGAUUGAAUUCGGUCAAACCGAGAAUAAAUGGAUUGACGAUAUGUUUGGCAUGAGAUCUUCGUGGAUUCCACCUUUCUAUCGUUAUGAGCCUAUGUCUGGGCUCAUGCGGACCACCUCCAGAUCAGAGAGCGAAAACCAUUUUUUCUGUCAGGUGUCAAAUUCUCAACUUACCCUUGUUGAGUUUUUUAACCAUUUUGAUGGUGCAAUGGACGUGCAAAGAUUCAACCAUCGGAAAAAUGACCAUAUUUCUAGAAAUACAACCCUAGAUAACUGGUAG